ACAUAUAUGCAAAGUUUCUGAACCCCUCCGAUCUAUAAAAUUCUUUUGAGAAUAUCAUAGACUUCUGUUUGUUCAACCUCAUCAAGAAAGCGAACAGAAGUCUCAAUGCUUUUGCAAAGGCUUGUUUGGGUGCACAUACAUACAAAGUGAAGAGAGAAAGUAAAAGAGAAAAAGAAGGAAUUCCUUUUUUCCUUUGUGGCAUGAAUUGAAGUGUGUUUUACAGAGCUCAUCAGUGCACCAAAUGAUGGCUCGAAACCCUAACUGGUGGAGCAUGCAUCCACCAUCUCUCUUUCCUCAAUAUGCGCUUGGAUCAGCUUCGCUUCCUUUGAAUCCCUUGGCAGAUGACCAAGACCCUCCACAGUCAUGGAGCCAACUACUACUAGGAGGAUUGUCGGCAGGCGACGAAGAUAAGUUUGUUAUGAAUCAUUUUCAACCAAAAAAGUUAGAGAAUUGGGAGGACCAAAUCUUAAAUCCAUCUCCAAGGGUUCCUAUUGUUGAUGUAAUAAAGCAAGAAGUUUCCCAAAACAGCAAUUUUUUUGGUCACGGAGAUGAAGAUUUUCAGCCACCUAGAUCUGCUUGCUCCCAAAUGAUGCCAGUUUCUUCCCCUAGGUCGUGUGUUACCAGUUUCACAAAUAAUAAUAAUAAUAAUAACAAUAAUAAUAUAUUCGACUUCUCUUAUAACAAGGUGGAUGCCAGGAAUCAACAUCCAGAUCAGUCAUCUGAGAGUAGUGGCACAGCCAGUGGUGGGGUAUAUAAGAAGGCUAAGCUUGUGUCCUCUUCAAGCCAACCGCCUCUAAAGGUCAGAAAGGAGAAGCUUGGUGAUAGAAUAACAGCCCUUCACCAGCUCGUUUCCCCAUUUGGAAAGAAAGACGAUAAAGAUGAGUUGGGGUGUGCUGGUGUUUCCCUUUUGCAGACUGACACAGCUUCUGUCUUGCUAGAAGCCAUUGGGUAUAUCAGAUUCCUUCUGGGUCAAAUUGAGGCCCUCAGCUCCCCUUACUUGGGUAACGAAUCAAAAAACUUAAGGAACCAGCAGUCUCUGUUGAAUGAGAGCUGCCUCAAAAGGAAGGGAGCUCCUAACCAGGAUACCCAAGAGAAGCCAAAAGAGCUAGGGAGUAGAGGGUUGUGCUUGGUUCCUGUGUCUUGCACUCAGCAUGUGGGAAAUGACAUUAAUGGGGCUGACUAUUGGGCUCCGGCUUACGGCAGCACUAGUGGGUUUUAACAAAUUAAUAUAAUUGUAGAGCAUGGAAUGAUAUAAUAUCAUCAUGAGCAGUCAGUCUGCAGUAAUCUAAGGCUGUCUCCUCAUGAUGCUAUAUAUGCAUUCUCUCUAAUUUCAGAUAAUCAAGCUUUUGUACCCCCUUUUUUUUUUCAUUUCUUUUUUCUUUAUGCCAUAUAUAUAUGAUGAUAAAAAGCUAGUAGCUUCAUGUACGUACGGGAAGCUCCAAUAUUCACUAUUUUGUAGGAAGAAUAUUGAUCUCUCUCUCUCUCUCGGAGCUAUAUUUCUUCUUCUUUUUCUUUCUUUUAUCAUUUCAUGCCAGCGCGCUUCACCUUUAAUUUAUAAUUGAAGGCAAACUAAAUGAGAAGGAAAAGAAGUACAAUUCUUUUAUACA